AAUAAUGAAAGAAACAAAAGAAACAGUGUCAGGUCAGCAUUACUAAGCAAUAAACAACAACUCACGACACGGGAAACUGAAACUGAAAAGUCAAUAAGGGCAACCUAGUUCCAUUUCUUAGCAAAACGACUUCAUCACAAGACUUUCUCUUCUUUUCUUACACACAUAACAUAACAUAACAAGAACGGUUAUUAAUAUUAUCAUCAAUCAAAUUUAAACACCCUUGUUCUGUUUCUCUUUACAAUCACACACAACCCAGAUCUUUCUUCUGAUCAAAGUUUUCAUUUUUAAUAGGUUAGCAGAAGAGUUGGAUGCUGUAUUAUAUACAGAAAAUUUGAGGUGGGAGUUGGAAUACAUGGAUAGUCUUUGUUGCUUCAGCUCCAGUCAGGGGCGUUCUUCAUGCAACUCUGGCAAAGGCAAGAGCAGUCAGUCGCCGGUCAAAUAUGGCUUCAGCCUUGUUAAAGGGAAAGCCAACCAUCCAAUGGAGGACUAUCACGUAGCAAAAAUUGUCCAUUUCAAAGGACAAGAGCUAGGACUUUUUGCUAUAUACGAUGGACACCUGGGAGACAGUGUACCGUCAUAUUUGCAAAAGCAUCUCUUUUCUAAUAUCUUGAAGGAAGACGACUUCUGGAACGAUCCAUUCAUGUCCAUUUCUAAAGCUUAUGAGUCGACAGAUCAGGCAAUUCUUACUCACAGUCCUGAUUUGGGGCGAGGAGGAUCAACUGCCGUGACUGCAAUUCUCAUAAAUAAUCAGAAACUAUGGGUCGCCAAUGUUGGAGAUUCCCGAGCAGUUCUAUCAAGGGGAGGGGUAGCGGUACAAAUGUCUACCGAUCAUGAACCUAAUACGGAACGUGGCAGCAUUGAGAACAGAGGCGGCUUUGUCUCAAACAUGCCAGGAGAUGUUGCUAGAGUGAACGGGCAGCUUGCAGUUUCUCGAGCAUUUGGAGACAAAAACCUCAAAACACACCUGAGAUCCGAUCCUGACAUUCAGUAUGCUGAUGUUAACCAAGAUACUGAGUUUUUGAUACUUGCUAGCGAUGGUCUAUGGAAGGUAAUGGCGAAUCAAGAAGCCGUUGAUAUUGCAAAAAAGAUAAAGGAUCCACAAAAGGCAGCUAAACAACUAGCUACUGAGGCAUUGAACAGAGACAGUAAGGAUGAUAUUUCCUGCGUUGUAGUUCGUUUCAAGGGAUGAAAAAGGGAACAUACAUACAUAUACAUACUCUAAAUUUUCAGGGUAUAUAUAUAGGAUUUCCCAUAGAAGGAUGCAAUACCAUACUCUGCUCGUUAUUUGGAGUUUCUCUUCAAAAUAGCAUUUGCCUCCUUCCUUUCAUAUGUAUAAAAAUAUAAAUUGAAAUUCUUGAGUUUAGGUGGUGUGACAUUUAGAAUUUAUUGAUUUCUUGGUUGUGAUAUAGAUUCAUACAUCAUAUUUUUCUUUGUAAUAUGGUUGAUGUCAUGGAGCAGUGUGAUGAAGGAUGGCUACAGUUCAUACAUUAUUGAACAUGGGAUUUAUUUUAAAACCGAUCGAGUGUGUGUGAUUAUAUACUAGAUUAA